CUUGCAGUGUAGCUAAUUUCUCAGAUCAGAUGCCUGUUUGUGUUGGUGAAAUUAAUGAUCAGUCUGUUCAAGUACUUAGAGACACGGGAUGCAAUGGUGUUAUAUUGCGUAGGAGUCUUGUCCAUGAUGAUCAACUUACUGGAGACCAUCAAGUGUGUGUUUUGGCGGACGGAUACAAAAUUGAAACCCCUAUCGCAAAGGUGAAUGUUGACACUCCGUAUUUUGUUGGAGAAGUGAAUGCGUGGUGCCUAAAAGCUCCAUUAUACCCUUUGAUUAUCGGAAACAUUCCGCAUGCUAGAGAUCCUCACGAUCCGAACAAGGACUGGAAGCCUAGUGUUGUGAAUGCUGUAGUGACUAGACAACAGAAACGCAUGGAAGGUAAGAAGAUAAAACUUCUUUCUGUUCCAGAAAUAAUAGGAUCUGAAGUUUGUCCAGAGGAUAUGCUGAAAGCACACGAAGAAGACGAGACGCUGAAGAAUCUCAGAGCUUUGGUUGGAAAGGAAACCAACGACAACAGAGUAAAGUACACUUUGAAGAAAGGUAUGCUGUUUCGAGUUUUUCAGUCAGAGAAAGUCGAGAAUGGUAAGCAGUUUACUCAACUAGUUGUUCCUAAGAAGUACAGAAUGAAAGUUUUAUCACUUGCACAUGAGUCUUUAAUGGCAGGUCAUUUAGCUACAUCCAGGACAAUUGAUAAAGUGCUAGCUGAGUUUUAUUGGCCAGGAGUCCAGGCUGACGCAAGACGGUUUUGUCGAUCAUGCGACAUAUGUCAGAGGACUACUCCUAAAGGUAGGACAACUAAAGUUCCAAUGAGUGUUAUGCCGAUCAUAGAUGAGCCAUUCAGACGCGUAGCAGUUGAUCUGGUGGGACCAAUACAGCCAAUGACUGAUAACGAAUCGGAGUUCCGAAAGAGAUGCUGACAGACAUGGGGACACAGUUUACUUCAGAAUUGAUGGGUGAAGUAAGUCGUUUACUUUCGAUGAAACAGUUAUCCACGACACCCUAUCACCCGAUGUGUAACGGCUUGGUGGAGAGAUUUAAUGGUACCCUGAAGCAGAUUCUUCGACGACUGUGUUCAGAGCGGCCAAAAGACUGGGACAAAUACCUGUCAGCAGCACUUUUUGCGUAUCGAGAUGCCCCACAGGAGAGCUUGGGAUUUUCCUCAUUCGAAUUGAUAUACGGACACAGAGUCAGGGGUCCGAUGAGAAUCCUACGAGAGCUUUGGACAAAAGAACAGACGGAUUCUGAGGUGAGAAGUACUUAUCAAUAUGUUGCCGAUCUUAGAGAACGCCUAGAGUCUACUUGUCAGUUAGCCAGAGAGAAUAUAGAGAAGUCAUCCGAACGUUACCGAGCACACUACAACAAGAAGGCUAAAAACAAAGACAUGUCAGUAGGUGAGAAGGUGCUUGUACUUUUACCAACAGAUAGCAACAAAUUGUUAAUGCAAUGGAAAGGUCCUUUUAAGAUAGUGAAGAAAUUGGGGAAAGUUGAUUAUAGAAUAGACAUGAACGGCAAAAUUAAGACAUUCCA